GAAGCUCAGUCUAUUGGGGUUGCCCAGGCUACCUCGGUCGACGGUAGCAGUCUGGAUGGCACGACUCCUGCCUCUAGUCUUCUUGGCGCUGGACUCGCUGGCUCUACUUCAUUUGGCUCUGGGGUUUCAACUACAGUUCCUGUAAUUACCGCCAGUGGUGGUAAUUGCGGCCGAGUCGGCUCCGGUGGAGGAGGUAGGCUGACUGGCGAAACUGCACUGGCCAGCGCAUCGGCUGAGGCUGUUUCCGCUUUCGUUGAACGUGCAUCGGCGGACGAUAUAGAUGCCCCUGGUGGCAUUCCAAGGCGACGCACACGACGUGCAAGUGGUGCAGCUGCUGCCGCAGCAGCAGCUGCUGCACUGUCAUCUGCGACCUCAAGUGUCUUGGCUAAUGGGCAAGUUAUCACUCCGGCUGCUCAAGAUUCAUUGGGCAUGGGCGUGAAACCGGCCUCGACAGAAGGUCUUUCCAGUGGGUUUUUUCUUAUUUUUUAA